GGGAAGAGUCCAGCAGACGGACGGUUCGUGACGGAGCGGAAGGAGCAACUCACAGAUCCAAACACUUCGAUCUCUUGCCCAGUUUUACGCCUCAGAUGGAAUCGGUCAAGAGAUAACAGCUGACCGCGAGGGACCCACAGAAUUGUGACUGAUGUGCUAAGUCCAAAGACUAAGGAGGAGAGGGUGAGAUGGCUCCCAGAAAGAAAGUAUCCAGACUGCAGCUUGUGAAGCACACCCAUGAAGCACAGCAGCCCCAUCCAGAGGAGGACAAAGACUACGUCAACCAGCUCUCCCAUGAGCUCCUCUGUCAUAUCUUCAGGUAUCUCCCAUUGAAGGACAUAAUCUCGAUGGAGUGUUUAUCCCGAAAGCUCCGGGAGGCGGUGUCUCUAUACCUGCGUGUGCUCAGGGUGGUGGACCUAUGCGCGGGCCGCUGGUGGGACUAUAUGCCCUCAGGUUUCACAGAUAGCAGUUUCCAGAUUCUCCUGAAGAAGAUGCCGGAGGUGGAGCAGCUGUAUGGGCUGCACCCAUGCUUUCUAGAGAGGAGGAGGGUCAGGGGCUAUGAGGCCUUUAGUAUCCCAGGACUGCUGGAGGCUCUGCAGGCUUGCCCGAACCUUAUGGGAGUGGAGACCUCGCACCUGGAAUUGGUGGAAGCCAUAUGGAACUACAUGCCACAGGUUCAUAUAUUGGGAAAGUUUCGCAACCGCAAUGGAGCAUUUCCCAUUCCUCCUGAGAACAAGCUGACCAUCCCUGUGACAGCCAAGAUCCAAACCCUGCACCUUGUGGGAGUGAAUGUUCCUGAGAUCCCUUGCGUGGCCAUGCUGCGUCAUCUCUCCUUAAAAUGGGUUCGUCUGACCAAACCACAGCCCUUUAAGGAUUUCCUGUGUGUCAACCUCAAGACGUUUGUCAUGAAGAACUGUGCCGGACCCACCAACUCGCUUAAAUAUGUGCCUCUAGUGACGGGGCUGGCCUCCGCACGCAGCCUGGAGCAGCUGGAGCUGGUGAGGGUGCCUUUUUUGGGAGGCCUUAUCCAGCACGUGGUGGAGGACAGUUGGAGGUCAGGAGGAUUUCGGAACCUUCACACCAUUGUGUUUGGAGCCUGCAAGAAUGCUCUGGAAGUGGACCUAGGCUACCUAAUCAUCACGGCUGCACGCAGGCUUCACGAGCUGCGCAUCCAGCCAUCUCUGACCAAAGACGGAGUGUUUUCUGCCCUGAAGAUGGCAGAGCUGGAGUUUCCACAGUUUGAGACACUCCAUCUGGGCUAUGUGGAUGAGUUCCUGCUUCAGUGUAAAAUGAGCCACGCGGAGCUAGUGAAGUACGGUUUGGCCGAUGUCACUGAGAACCCUGGCAUCAUUACAGACAUAGGCCUCAGAGUGGUCAAUGAGGUCUUCACCAAUAUCAAAUACCUGGUGGUCUACAACUGCCCCCACCUGCACAACCCCCACAGCUGGAUCACAGAUCAGUGCCGCUGGAGCCGCCUAGUGGACCUGACUCUUGUCCGCUGUCAUGCCAUCAAACUAGAGUCCUUCUGUCAGUUCAUAGAGCUUCUGCCCUGCCUGGAGUUUAUCUGCCUUGACCAGAUGUUCCGAGAGCCUCCUAAGGGAUGUGCCCGAGUAGGCCUCAGUGCUGGCACUGGAAUUGGUGUGUCUUCUGCUCUGGUCAGUAACCAGAAUUCCAAUGAUGACAACAACAACCUCCCCCAGGAGGCCCAGGCUCCUCCUGCAGAAGCUGCUGUCAACCUCCCCCAGGAGGCCCAGGCUGCUCCUGCAGACGCUGCGGUCGACCUCCACCAGGAGGCCCAGGCUCCUCCUGCAGAAGCUGGAAUCAACCUCCCCCAAGAGGCUCAGGCUCCCCCAGCUGAGGUUGGAGCCAAUCACCCACAUGAGGUCCAAGCUCCUUCAGCAGUUUCACCUGUUAACCUACACCAGGACGCCCAAGACAACAGAGUUAUGGAGGUGAAUGGAAUGGCCGAACAUGAGGAAAGAGAUGUGCAACAGCGUGGAUCUCAGGAGCACAGUGCUGCUGCAGGGGCCAGCAUUUCACUGGGAGGACCACAGCCCAUGGACCGGGAGCAAGCAGGCCCCAGCGGCGUGUGGCAGACCCGUGCAGAGAGGGCAGCACUUGUAAUUUCAGACUCAGACAGUGAGGAGGAAGACGGGCCACGGGUGCCUCCGGCCAUGUGUGCACACCAGCCACUGUCCUGUGUGACAGGUAAAGGAAAGGCCCCUCUGCGGCGGAGCAGCAGUGCACAGAGCCAUACUCGCAGCAGUGCCGAGAAGAGCUGUCAGGUCAGCAGUGAGCAGAUCAAAGCUGACAUGAAGGCAGCCACAGACAGAACCCAGCGCCCCCCUACUACAGAGCCUACAGGCAAGAGUGACCCUCACACUGCAGCAGGAGAGGGCACGGAGACGGGAGAGGCCAGUGGGAUGGUAGAGGGCAAGGGGGCAGCAGAGAACAGGGGGACAGGAGCAGGAACUGGCAGGGGGGCAGGACCUUGGGCCAGUGGAACGGCCGCACUGGACAGAGGGACAGGAAGUGGAGCCAACAGGGGAACAGGAGCAGGAGAGGGCAGGGGGAUGGGAGGUGGAGCCAGCAGAGGGACAGGAGGAGGAGACAGUAGGAGGACAGGAGCAGCAGGCAGUGGGCGAGUUGGGGCCAGGUGCAGCAGUGGAGCACACAGUCCCUCUCAUAGACCAGAGACGUCCUGUUCCCGCAGACCGGUGACCCGCUCUUACUCACGCAUGUCCUCGGAGGUCCUCCUGGCAGGCACUGGUGUCUCCAAACCUAGGCCACGAGUGUUUGUGAAGCGAAAACGCAAUGUCGACAAAUCAACAAGCACCUCAGACCCUGUCACAGAGGAAGACCACGUGCAGGUGCUGUCUCUAAAGAGCAAGAACCUCGUGGGCAUUACUCUAACCAACUGUGGAAUCACAGACCUAGUCCUCAAAGACUGCCCAAAGAUGAUGUUUGUGCAUGCCACCAGGUGUCGUGUGCUGAAGCAGCUGCAGGUGGAGAAUGCUCCCAUUGUAAACAGAAUGGACUUUGCUCAGUGUAAAAAGCUUAACAUGCAGCAAGUCCUGGACCAGAUCCUGAGGGUGCCUCCAGAGAGGAACCGCAUCAUCUACAUGCGCCCCAUGCAUCAAAUCGACUCGGUGGCUCUGGAGCAGCAGUUGUUCCAGGGGCCAUACCCCUACCAUAUUGCGAUUGUCCAUGAGUUCAGCAACCCCCCAAACAUGCGCAACAAGGUGCGCAUCCGGAGCUGGAUGGACACCAUCGCAAACAUCAGCCAGGAGCUGAUCAAGUAUGAGUUCUUCCCAGAGGCCACCCGCACAGAGGAUGAUGUGAAGAAGUUCUCACGGUACCCCUGGGGUCGGGACAUCUACACUCUGGAAGGGGUUGUGGACGGUGCCCCCUACAGCAUGAUAACAGACUUUCCCUGGUUGCGAACCUUAAGAACAGCAGAUCCCAACAACUACGCUCGCUAUGACUUUGAGGACGACGAGACAAGUACCAUCUAUGCCCCACGCAGGAAGGGUCAGCUGUCAGCAGACAUUUGCAUGGAGACCAUUGGGGAAGAGAUCUCAGAACGCAGGCAGAGCCGCAGAGGCCUGUUCCAGCGAGUGGUGGUGGUGUUCCUGCACCACUGUGACACUCCAGGAGAGCCUGUGGAGGACGACUACAUCUAGAGCUCACACAUAUACGCACUGUGUAGGAUGGUUACAUCUAGAGCCCACACACAGAUACACUGGAGGGCAGUCAGAAGGUCUACUGGACUCACUGGAACAGCAUCACAGGGAGUGCUCAUCCACUGUCUGGUCAUUGCUCUGGUGUCUGGAGCUCUCUCACAUCUUCUGCUGCUGGCCUUCACCUGCAGCUUGUUGGCAAAGCUGACACAUUCCUGCACUGGAACUUUAUAUUCAAUAUUUGAAUGCAUUUAUAGAAGGAGGUGGUGCUCUUUUUGCAGGAGGACAUUUUCGUUUUCUAUGGGAGCCUGCUGUGUGGUGUAGGCACACAUUGUCACUGUGCUUAGACCAGAGCUGCUGCUGAGACCUAAACUACAAUGGACUGGCCUGUUUUCUUUGUGUACGAAAGUGGCUGUCUAGUCAGGUUUAGAGUCCAAAUAAAAAAAAAUUAAAAAGAAGUGAUUUGUUUGAAGUUAAGCUUCCUGUGCAAAAACUUACAGUAAGCACUGUGUCUUUAGUCUGUCAGACAGCAGAGGUACAACACCUUCAGCAUUUGCCUUUGAACCAGAGGGUUGCUGGCAGUCAGUAAUGUGACUGAUUCAGGAAAGAAGGGCAUCUGGUGUUUAAAAAAAAAAAAAGAAAAAGCUGCUGUGGCAACCCUUCCAGCUGCACUUACAUUUGACAUUUUCUUUAAAGAGUUGUAAUAAACCAUGAGUACAUUUGUA